AUGAUAAUGGCAGUGACUACCUAUAUAAUUGUGAUCAUCCAAUUGACUCCGGACAUAAACCUGAUACUCAGUCGGUUCAACCUGAAUGAGACAGCUCACUGAUACUACAACGAUUGACUAGAAGCUCCUAGUCACCCUUCAAGAACCACUGACAUCUAUCACUGUAAGUAAUAGAACCAAGAAUGCUGUCUCAGCUUCUGCUCCUGGUCCCUCUGCUGGCUCUGCCGACCCGCGCGGAGAGGGAGGUCUUCGCUCACUUCAUCCUCGGCAACACAGCUCCCUACAGUCACGAUGACUUCCACGCGGACAUCAAGGCGGCCUCCGACGCCGGGAUCGACGGUUUCGCCUUAAACAUCGGCGGCGACUCCUUCACCUCCGCCUCGCUGGACGCCCUCUUCGCCGCCGCGGAGUCCUUCAACCGCGCCACCGGCCGCUCCUUCCGCAGCUUCAUCUCCUUCGACUACGCCGCCUACCCCUUCACCAUCGACGACUGCGUCACGCGCCUCCUCCGCCACUCCCCCUCGCCCGCCUACUUCCACUACAACGGUCGUCCCGUCGCUUCCACCUUCCUCGGCACCAAGGCCCACCACGACUGGAACGAGAUCAAGCGGCGGACCAACGCCUACUUCAUCCCCACCUACAGCGAUGUCUGGGUCGGCGAGAGCGCCCGCUACCCCCCCGUCAACGGACUCUUAUCAUGGGACGCCUGGCCGUACCACGCCAACGUCACACCCGCCACCGACCAACACUACGUCGAACAGCUCAAAUCCGCCGGCAAGCAGUACAUGAUGCCCGUCUCGCCCUGGUUCUACACCGCUUGCUGCGGCAAGAACUGGCUCUAUAACUCGGAUCAGCUCUGGCCUGCACGGUGGCAGCAGGUCUUUCAACUCCGUCCGGACUUCCUCCAGCUUCUGACGUGGAACGACUACGGCGAGUCGCAUUACCUCGGUCCACAAACAACCCACGCAUCUUCCUACCCUCAAGGCUCGAAGGGUUUCAAUGAGGGCAUGGUGCACAGCGCGUGGCUAUCCGACCUCCCUUACUACAUCCAGAGGUACAAGUCUGGGAAUGAGCCCGUGGCGGGUGCUUACAACGAGCACUUGACUUUCUGGUACCGGAGGAACCCGAAGCACGCUUGCGGAACGGGCGGUACCGUUUGCAACUCAAAGGCUAACGGCCAGGAAACAUUCCCAGCGACGGACUGCGCGGCGGACCAGGUCAACUUCUCCGUGUUCACGGCGGAAACGGCGGUUGUGACGGUGCAGAUCGGUGAUGGGCCACCGCGGACGGUCACCUCCCCGACGAGGGGGUUGUUCAGUGGAAGUGUGCCGUUCGACGGUCAAACUGGGACUGUUAAAAUUUCGGCGCAAGUCGGUCCACGGACGAUUCGGACCAUCACUGGACCGGGAAUCACGAAUGAUUGUGGAGGCCUCGGGCAUGUGAACUGGAAUCCGUGGGUUGGCGGUGGUGUGCCUAGCUGAAUUUACAACUGAGAGUUUUAUUGUCAACUUAUGAGAAAUAAAAUUUCUUUGAUAGCUUACAGAA